UGUGUGUGUGUGUGUGUGUGUGUGUGUAGCUUUCUGGAGCUGAGAAGCCCCCUGCUGGAGAGCCAGAGAAUGGAGGCGCAGGAACAGAAGCUCCUGCAGAUGGAGGCAGCAAGGUGACCACUUUUUACUCUCCCCCCACUAACUUUCAUGUGUUUUGGACUAUUGCAAGCACCCCAGAAACGCAUUCAAACCCGGCAAAUACAAAAUAUUAUAAUUCUAUCAGUUUAAAUAGGUCCUCCGCACUGUCUCUGUCGGUGACUGGGCCUAAUAAUGAUCUUCAUAUAACAGUUUUCCUGCCCCUCCCUUCAGGUGGAGAUGGUGUUCUGGCUGCUCUCCAUGCUCGCCAACAGAGAUAAGGAGGAGAUGUCUCGCACUCUGCUGGCUCUGUCCAGCUCUCAGGACAGCUGCAUUGCUAUGAGAAAGUCCGGCUGCGUCCCGCUGUUGGUCCAGAUCCUACACGAAGCCCCCAGCGGGGGGGAGGCAGUGACAGAAGGGACUGUGACGGGCUGCAGCAGGGAGGCCAGAUCUAGAGCCAGCGCCGCCCUCCACAACAUCAUCUACUCCCAGCAGGACGAGGGCCAGGCCCGCCGCGAGAUGCGGGUGCUGCACCUGCUGGAGCAGGUCCGGACAUACUGUGACAGCGGCUGGGACUGGAUCGAGAGCCACGCAGGGACACCGUCCCCUGGAGGAACCAAAACCACCGACAUCCCUGAGCCUGUAGACCCUCAGAUCUGUCAGGCCAUGUGCGCCAUCAUGAAGCUUUCCUUUGAAGAGGAGUACCGACGUGCCAUGAACGAAUUAGGCGGUCUGCAGGUCGUGGCUGAUUUGAUCCAUCUGGAGCAGGACAUGUACGGCAUGCAGAACGACCCCAUCAACAUGGCUCUGCGCCGCUACGCAGGGAUGGCUGUGACUAACCUUACCUUUGGAGACGUCGUCAACAAGGUACACUGGUGUUUCAUCAGUCCUGCAAGUUCAGUUGGCAGUAAUGUUAGAGAAAGAUUUGUUGCGGAAAGGUGUAAAAUAUGAGAAAAGUA